AUGGACAAGCUUGGAAUCAUUUUGCCUCCCGGGGGGAGCGCAUCCUCUGCAUCCUCUGCUCUAGUCACUAACGCUUCCCGUAGGGUGAACUUCACGUCAUCAGCAGCACUGACGAAGCCCAGUAAGGAUCUACCAUUACGGUCAGCGCUACAAAAACAGGAAUCACAGGCUAGUAUCUCUUCAGGACUGAGGAAGUCUUCUUCGGUGUCUACAAGAGGGCCGGCGCAGGCACAUCGGCCACUGUCCAGCCACAAGGGAAACCACAGUGAUAAUUCGCGACAAAAAGGGGCUGAUGGCUUUUCGUUCUCCAGUGUGCAGGCCGCAGGCGGUGCGCAGAAGUCUCUGGGAAGCGAAGUGGAAUACUGGUCGUACUCACCACCGACCCCAAGUGUAGCACAUCGUGCUUUCCCUUCUGCCUCAAGACAUGAUGGACCUUCUAGUGGAUCGGAGAAACCUGUUGACGGCGGCGUUUCGCGCUCAUGGAAGACGAGCAGACCCGAGAGGCUCCACGACGUACGCUCCUCAAAUAUCCUCGACAGAGGAAAAACCGAUUCGCCCGGAGCGGCAGCCUUGCGCCAGGCCUUGCAUUCCCUGAAUGACGAAAAUCAGGAGGCCUACGAGCAGCUGGAAGACUCACCAGAGUGGCAGGAAGUUGACGAUGCGCAGGAGUCACAGGGAGCCAAUGAUGCCAUUGCAGGGGCGCUAUGGAAGAAGCGGAUACCUCGCUCAGCCCAUUAUCCCAUUUGCUGUCGAACUGCUCGUGAACGCUGCGCGUAUACAACGAGUGACGAUUGGGCUAUUUUUGCGCUGCACAACCAAUACGUGCGCCCCCUAAGGGACCGCGAGUGGUUGCCAGGCGAGCCAUGCAUAAUCAGAACGGACUCAUUCGAGCUGCCUCCUGGUGCUUGCAAGUUCUCUGAGAGUACAUGCGGGCUUUCCGCCACUGCCUUCAACAGCUUUGUUUUCCCUAAUCCGCCAAGACAGUUCCUUAUGUCUUAUAGAGGAGCUGCCAGCACUGUGCCAUUUGCCAUGCCCUCUGGAAGCAUGAGAACUGGCCGAGCCCGCGGAAGAAGUCGGGCUUUCAUUUCUCAACUGACACAACAGCAGCUUCUGGAUCUAGAGAGAAUGCUAUGGUUUGAUCCUGAGCCUCGUUUGGAUAGGCCCUUCCGACUUUACGCUGAUUCGAAGGGAUGCCUCAAGGGUCGAAUCCACGAUAUCGGACACAUAAUGAGGUGUGGGUGGUAA